UAACCUUGUAUCAUCUCUACGAACUUGGACAAGUUUGAAAUGUGCAUGUACAGUUAGUUCUGUGUAAGCAUCGUCAAUAUGUUUUCUGCUGAGAUGCCAGAGAAAGGUGCAACUAUUGGGUGGGUUAUGAGGUCAAAUAACCCCAAGGUUCAAUGGUGGUUUAAGAUACUGACAAUGGCUCUUUUACUUAGAUUCUUGAUUGUAUGGUCAUUUUAUGGGGUGAACGUGGGUGAUUUUCAGAGAGAUUUUGUUCUGUUGAAGGUGAAUAGUUCAGGAAAGUUUAGUCCUACCUUUAAAAAUUUCAGCUUUACCAAUAUUUCUCUCAGACCCCAUUCUGUAAAUACUAACCAGAAUCUGAACCAAGAUUUUGUCCGAGAAACUUUACCUCCUAAAGUUGAACCUCAAAAGAUUAUUUUGACUGAGAAUCAAGGUAAUGCCCCUGAUUUCAGUCUUGAAAUAGUGACAAAUGUGUCACAUACGGAACCAGAAUUGGUAGAGGUUUCAAGGCCGAGAGUUCAUAGGUGGAUUUCAGCUGAAUUAGAGGCAAACUAUUCAUCAAAUCUUCUUACUAAUUGGUUGGCUCCUGGAGGUGAGCCAUGUAGGGAAUCAAGAACUGUGGAUGUAAAGAUUCCAGCUUUGGAUGGUCGCGAAAACGUUGAAUUGUCAACAGGGGAUAUUCAUGAGUUUGUUUUCCAUGCAUUGGAUGAUUCUGGGAAACCCCAUUGUUUGGGUGGUGAUUAUUUUGAGACUGAUCUUGCUGGUGAAACAUGGAAGUCUAGGCCUCCCCUUANUUGA